AUGAAUGUUCUUAAAAUGGUCCUCAAGAAGGACAUUAAGCAACGAAACAAAAAGGACUUGGAAAAAAUGGUAGUGGAGCUAAAGCAAAUCAAAUUUUUCCAAGAGCGACAGAUCCCUGAUAAAAGUUAUAUUGAUAUUGCUCAAUCACUGACUUAUCUGAAGUUACCAAAAGGGGCUAUAGUCUUUGAAUAUGGAACUCUAGGUGACCUGUUCUAUAUUAUUCUUAAGGGCACUGUGAGUGUGCAUGUUCCUAAUAAAAAGAAGAUUGAAAUGAUGGAAAAAGAGAAAUUUGGAAAUAUUAUCCCAACAACAGCGAGCAAGCUCCAUCCAAAUAAUAAAAACGAUGAAAAUGCAGACCGUGUCGGAGAAUUGCCAAUUUCAAAGAGAGCAUCUCGAAUUCCAGGAAGAAGGCGAUCCACUCUGAUGAGAGGGUUUGUCAGCACUCUUGGUAACAAUGCUAUUAGGGAGCUACUAGAUGACCCUAUCUUCGAUGAAGUAUGAAAAUUUAAGGCAGGCAAAAGUUUCGGAGAGCUCGCCUUAAGAACAACUAAACCUAGAGCAGCCAGAAUUGUGUGUGAUACAGACUGAGAAUUUGCUUGAAUGCGAAAAGAUGAUUAUUCUAAGGUCCUUCAAAAAAUUGAAGAACGCUUGGUGAAUGAUAUGAUAGUCUACUUCCAAAGCAUACCAUUAUUCUCGAAUUGGUCGAAAUAAUUUGCUCACUAAGCUAAUGUUCCAAGUUGAGAAAUAAGUCAUUUAUAAAGAACCAAAAGGUUAUUAAAGAAGGAGAUCCUAUAAAAGAGAUAUACAUUAUUAAAAAGGGUGAAUUUGAGGUAUACUCUAAAUUCAAACAGAAGAAGGAAGAUCAUCUUCAUAUCAGUAAUAAGCUACUUGGGAAAAAUUACUUAGAAAAAUUCCUUAAACCAAAAAGGUCUUACUUGUCCUUACUCGGAGUUGGCCAGCUCAUUUGUGAUAACGAUCUACUGGAAGGCUGCAAGAAAGUUAUGGAAAAGCAAAGAAAUGAAGCCUUAAGCAAGGAACCUAAUGAUACUGGUGCAACAACUAUCAAUAAUAAACCUAUGUCAAAACCAAUGUUCACUUUUGCAAAUUUGGAUGCAAAAUCAAGUGUUACAGUGACCUGAAAUUCCUUAAAAGGUCAUUUGUUAUGAAUAAAAGCAGGCCAGUUUCUAAAGGCUAUGAAGAAGGAUAUAACCACUUGGAAAAGCUUCGAGACUCAUUGAACUAGAAAACAAGGGGAAAACAAUGCUCGGGUCACUCAGAUUCAUCACAUAUUGGAAAACAAGUUUGAAGAUGAAUCAAAUGAAAGUUGAUUUUCACCUAGUGGGGCACAGCACAAAGCAUGUUUCUCAACCUCGGUCCGUUUUCGGCGGAAUAAAUUUCAAAAUAAGCUAGAGAUAAUGGGAGAAAUCAAUUCAGAAAAAUAACAUCCCUGAGAUGAAGGAUAACUUCAAAAGAAUAGAGUACAAGAAGAUUUUUGAAAUGGAUGAAGAAAAGGAGGAAAAGCCUCAGAAAGAAGUUGAGUGAAGUAUCAUAUUCAGCGAUAAUGCUGGCAACCUAAGAAUUUCAAGACCUUCUAAACAAUUAUCUACCACAGUAAACAUGCUAGAUUCAAGGGAUUUCUCAAGAAGGCGUAAUACUAAGUAUAAUAUCAUGGGGGAAGCCCUUCAAAGUGAUGGGCAAAAUACAGAUAUGUCAGAAUCUCUUGACUUUGAUUCUGAUUCAGCAGAUGAUGACCACCAUUCUAAUGAAAUUGGAGCCCGCAAUAUGCCUUUUCUCAAAUCUAUUUGUAAAUAAAAUAUGGAAGAAGCCUAAAAACGAGAACUAUAAUAAAAUGAGCCAGGUUUCGACAUACUUGUCUUCAAACCAUGAUAGUACCAGGAUGAGUUAUUCCACAAGGAGGAAAAGUAGAAGAGGGAAGGUUAAGGAUUCUCUAAGUGUGAGUGGGACAAAAUCAUUUACAAAGAAACUCUCCUCCUCUCGAAAGACUAUCUAUCUUGAUGAUAAAAACAACAUAGUCAACCCAGUCACCAAAUCAAUCAUCCAAGGUCAAAGCAUGCAAAAGAAGAGGAAUAUUCAGAAAAUCGUCUUUGAACCAAGCUCUUCAGAAGGAAUCUGGGAUAACUAUAGUAGCACACAUGGAGAUAAUGAGAGUAUUUUUGAUAACUCAGUGAACUCCCCUGGUAUCAUAAAGAAUUUAAAGUACCCUAACAUCAUCCCUGAAUCUGGAACUUUAGACUUCAACCCGGGUCGAAACAAAUUUAAAGGGCGGUUUAAGAGUGUCUCUCCCAUUAGAGAAAACCCGACAAAGACAAGUUAUGGUAUGAGACAGUAUAAGAGAAAUCUUAUUAGCAACAACGGUAGGUUCUUUAACCAGCGCAGGAGGCGGAUAAAAAUAAGCAAAGUAAAGAUGAAAAACAAAAUAUCCAAGUUGAUGGAGACUUUCCAGAGUAUUCCAAUUAAAAUACAGCAUCGGAAGCUUCGUCAACCUGCUCCUAAAGAGAGCAGAAAGAAGAUCAAUCUGAACAUAAUUAACUAAUUUUAUUUUAUUAAGGCCAACAAUUUUCAAAC